CACUUAAGGCAUUUAUGAAAGAGGAUUCUUUAAGCGCGGAGUUAAUUGUUUUGAUUAUCGCGAGUGAGAAUGGUUGUGUGUGUUUUAAAGUUGUUUGGGUGAUAAGUUAUCUUGUUUUUUGUGCAUGACGAUAACGAUCGAAAUAGCUCCAAUUGCUGAAACCAUAAUGGCUGCAUCCAUGCAGGCCUUAGCAAAAACUGAUGAAAAUCAGGAUAUUACAAGAAGUAAAAUAACAUCAGAUGACAAAAAACUUAUAUUAUUUCUCUCGUGGGCCGAAGAAAAGGGAUUUGGAUUGAGUGACAAGGUGAUGGUAGCAAGGGAUGGUGCAUGUGCACAUCAUGGUAUGAUAGCCAUAUCAGACAUAUCAGACGGAGAGACGUUGUUCCAGAUACCAAGAAAAAUGCUGCUCCAUCCCGGCACCACUGACAUCAGCGACAUACUCGAAAAAGAAAAAGAUCAAAUACAGGGCUCGAGUGGCUGGGCACCCUUGCUGAUCUCUCUCAUGUAUGAAUACACCAGUGAACAGUCACCAUGGAGACCAUAUUUCAAUCUUGUUCCAGACUUCACAGAACUAGAUUUGCCCAUGUUUUGGAACAAGGAGGAUCGCAACAGUUUGUUGAAGGGCUCGGGUGUUAAUUGAGGCAGUUGAAAAGGACCUUAAAAAUAUUGAAGAAGAGUUCACUACCAUUGUACUACCAUUUAUAAAGGCCCAUGCAGACAUAUUUCA